GUUCAAAUCAGAAAUACACUGAAGCUUGGAACAAAAAGGAUUACAAGAAAGAGUAAUCAUUCUAUACACCAAUGUAAGCAUGAUGUGUAAAGAUGCUCAUAUCUGUGUUGCUGUCCUCUUCAUAUGUUUAGCGCCCUAUAGAGCAAUCGCAGCUCCUUUAAGCCAGGCAUCGGGAACGUUCAAGAUUUCUGACAGCAGUGUUCAGGGUAAAGGAACAUACUACAUGUCGAACAGUUCGGCAGAGAUAGGAUUAAAACUGGUGAUAGGGAUGCCAUUGCACACAUCAAAGGAUAAGGCAACUGCUAUCAUCACAUCACUUCCCUCAAGCAAAGUUAGUCCCUCAGGUUUGCCAGUAAAGAGUAAAGCGAAAAGGCCUGGAAAUUUUCUAACACCAAAAGACAAUCAGUUCAUAGAUGAUAUGAUUGCCUUUCACAACGAGCUUCGCUCCGUGCACUUUUCGCCACCAGUUCAAAACAAUACAAACAUGUCUAUCGCGGCCAAGGAGUGGGCUUUGAAACUGGCUGCCGAGAAAGAUCUUCGACAUGCAUCCAUCGAGGAGGGAUUAGGAAAAGGAGAAGGCGAGAACCUGGCUAUGGGAUGCAUAGAGGGUGAAGGAGAUGGAAUAACUGCAAGAGAAGCUAUUGCCAAAUGGUACGAUGAGGCUUGCUGCCAUAACUUCUCGUUGCCUACUUUCGGUGGAGUAUCUUCGCAUUUUGCUCAGCUUGUAUGGAAAGCGACAGAAGAGAUUGGUGUUGGAAGAGCAUUUGGUACCAAGUGGGGAAUGAACUGUUCUUUUAUUGUAGUUCGUUAUAAACCGAAAAGUAACAAUAAAGUGGGCGUAAAAGAAAACAUAGAAAUUGGUACCUUUGACCCAGUUGCUUACAAUUGUAGUGCAGUGGAAUGCAAGGAAGACGCUCAAAGACAAGCCACACCGAGUCAGGACAACUACCAACAAGAUAAAAAUGUACCAUACCAAAAAGAGAAUCAGAAUAAGCCACAAAGGUUUAGUGAUUUUGAUAAACAAAGUCUUCAUGGAUUAAGCAAGUUUGAAGGCAACCAUGGUUCCCAUGGUUACAGCACAACCCCUGGUUAUUACCCUAAGAACCAGGAAAAUGUUGACAGAGGUCACGGAGUUAAUAGUCAAUAUUUGUCAACAGAUCCCAACAAAGAUAGGCCCAGAGCAUUCAUUACUAGAGCUCAUCUGUCUAAAGACUCUUUGAUUAAAAUUUUGUAAAUAACAUGCACUUCCUCCCUCCCCAAUUAUAAGUUGGGGAAAGCUUAUUACGUUCUCUUAUAUUGGACCAUUCCAAAGAGGAAUUUAAAUGCAGCAAAAAAGGUGAAAACUUUCUUUAACAUCUUUGUUACUAUACGACGUUAAUACUUGAACAAUAUUACUUGACAACUGCAUAAUUUGAGUCGAUUUUAGGAGAAAAUUGUAAGGAACUUUUCAUAAUAUAGCACCAUGCUGGUGUU